AUGUCUGAUGCGAAAUUAUUCGCUAACGUUCAGGAUCAUCUAAAUCGUUUACUGCUGCAGCUCAGUGAUAUCGAAAAUUCAAAAGAAUCAUUGGAUGAUGCUGAAUAUAUAGAAAUGAAAAAAGAAACAAUUGAUCAAUUGAAAGCUAUUCGUGCUGCAAUCAGUGAGGCUUUUCGCACUCCUGAAAUUAUUGCUAUAUUUGCUAAAAAAGAACCAACCUCAUUGAGACAAAAGCUGUUACAAUUCGAACAUGAACUUCAAAAACGCAAAAUAACGAGCGAUACAUUUAAUCAACGAAAAGCUGAAAUUUUAUAUGCUCUAGCACAACUUCGUGAUGAACUUAGUGAUGAUGAGAUACAAUUUUUAUCAAAUUAUUCCACUAUCCCUUUAUCACUGUUUGAACCAGCACCCAUUCAAACUGUGUUAAAUGUUGGAAAUGUCAAUAUUAAGUUGUAA